AUGAAGGCAUGGACGGAAAGUUAUCAAGUGCUUGUUCAGAUGAAAAAUAACCGGUAUCAACAGCUGCUUCAGCAUCAACAGAGGAUUCAAUUGUAUGAACAACACCUAUCGGAGACACAGGCAAAACUAGUACAAGUCAUGGCUCUUGAAUCCCGCGAGAUCGAAAAGUGGAACAGUCUGGUGGAAUCAGAUACGUGGGUCACAGCUGAGGAACACGAACGUAUUCAUAACAAGCUUCAGAACAUCUCCGAAAGACGAAGCAUGUGUAUGGCAUCAAAGGCUCAGCAGCGUCAGGAUAUUAUAGCAGAAGCUCAAAAAGCAAAGACGCAAAUGACACAUAUCCUCGGUAUUGAGAGAGGACUGGUCUCAUUAAAGAAACAAAUGGAACUUUUAGAAAUUAAACCUGUUCAGAAACGACCAUCCCUUCGAAAAAUGAUUGGAUUGGUUUUCGCUUUUACAAAUAUCACUCAUAGGUCAAUCGCGCCUGAUUCUACUCAAAAGCCUAUAGGCGCUUUGUACCAAUAA